GGUAAUACGGGAAAGACAAGCGUGAGCGGUGAUAGGUUUUAGAUAUAUACGUACACACAUACUACCAGUAGUUAUUAUCUCACCGAUAACCUUGAUUAGAUCUGCGACGACGCUAUCCAAGUCUCGAUAGAACUAGGUAUUUUAUGUUUCAAUGGCAUUGGCUUAUAACCACGGUGGUUGUAAAUAUCUGUUGGAGGAUGUCGUGCAAACCGAGUUUUGGUGCCGAUUAGAAUGAUUUUUUUAAAUUGGUUGAGGUUGUAUGCAUGCUGAAUAUAUUCUGUAGUGUUGGGUGGGUGUCUAAUAUCAUGAAGGGUAAAAUAUGGAUUGGAUUGGACUCAUGGAUGUGGUAAUGGGUGUGGUUGUAAUGGACAGGGAGGAGGCAGCACUGUGGUGGUAGUAAUUUUGCUCAGGAGUGGUGGUUGGUUUGAAGAGUGUUUGUUUGAAAAUGAGUUCAAUCAGCAGGAGCCGAAGCAACAGCAGAAGCCGCAGCAGGAGCCCGAUGGAUCGCAAGAUCCGUACAGAACGCUACUCCUAUAGAGAUGCACCAUACAGGAGGGAGACACGUCGGGGUUUCAGCCAGAACAACCUUUGCAAGAAUUGCAAGAAACCAGGCCAUUUUGCUAGGGAAUGCUCUAAUGUGGCAAUUUGUCACAAUUGUGGCCUUCCGGGGCAUAUCGCAUCGGAGUGCAGCACAAAGUCUCUAUGCUGGAACUGUCGGGAGCCUGGACACAUGGCUGGAAACUGUCCAAAUGAGGGAAUUUGCCACACAUGUGGCAAGACAGGUCACCGUGCAAGGGACUGCUCAGCUCCUCAGCUGCCUCCAGGUGAUCUGAGGCUGUGCAAUAAUUGCUUUAAGCAAGGACAUAUAGCAGUUGACUGUACAAAUGACAAGGCAUGCAAGAACUGUAGGAAGACAGGCCACUUGGCUCGUGAUUGUCAGAAUGAUCCUGUUUGCAACAUGUGUAACAUAUCAGGCCAUGUUGCUAGAGAUUGCCCGAAAGGUAAUAUCACUGAUGAGAGGGGUGGCAGUCGCGGUGGUGGUUAUCGUGAUAUCGUGUGUCGGAACUGCCAGCAGGUGGGCCAUAUGAGCCGUGACUGUGUAGCCUUGAUGAUUUGCCACAACUGUGGGGGCCGAGGACACUUGGCAUUUGAGUGCCCCUCAGGGAGGUUUAUGGAUCGCAUGGACCGCAUGGAUCGCAUGGACCGCUAUCCUAGGCGAUACUGAUGCCAAAACUAUUGUUCACAAUAUAAAAUGACUGGUAGUUAUUGUUUUUGAGUGGCACUUGGGGUGUUAAAUCUCAGUUUUAGAAUAAUAGACUCCUUGGUUUUGUUACUGGUUUGUUUCUAUAACUUAUACAUUUUAAUGUGCUGAAUUAGUUUUUGAUCUCAAUCUGGAUCUAUAUUUUGGAA